ACGAAAUCACUGAGUCCACGGACACUGCGUUUCUCUCCAGGAGGCUGGGGGAUCUACAAGAGAGCCAGGAGGAAGCACCAGCAUCUCCAUCCUGGGCAGUCUUUCUCGGAAGAUGCAGCCACUCCUGCUCCUGGUGGCCUUUCUCCUGACCCCCAGGGCAAAGGCAGGGAAAAUCAUCGGGGGCCAAGAGGCCAAGCCUCACUCCCGUCCCUACAUGGCGUUUCUUCGGUUCAAGAUUUCAGGGGAACCUUACGUAUGCGGGGGUUUCCUCGUGCGUGAGGAUUUCGUGCUGACAGCAGCUCACUGCCAGGGAAGACCAAUGAAGGUCACACUGGGGGCCCACAACAUCAAGGAGAAGGAGAGGACCCAGCAGGUCAUCCCGUCAAGACGUGCCAUCCCCCACCCAGGCUAUAAUAGUGAGACGUGUGCCAACGACCUCAUGUUACUGCAGCUGAAGAGAAAGGCCAAAAUGACCGCUGCUGUGAGCACCAUCGGCCUGCCCAGCGGCUCAGAUACGGUGAAUCCAGGGAUGCUGUGCAGUGUGGCCGGCUGGGGACUCCUUCGUGUGAAUGGCUCCACCGCAAACAAACUGCAAGAGGUAGAGCUUGAAGUCCAAAGGGAUGAGGAAUGCAAAUCUCGCUAUAGAGUUUACAACACCAGCACCCAGAUGUGUGUGGGGAACCCAAGGAUGAAGAAUAGUGCUAUGGAAGGUGACUCCGGGGGCCCCCUCGUGUGUAAUGGUGUGGCCCAGGGCAUUGUGUCCUAUGGAAAAGAUACACCUCCAGAUGUCUACACCAGAAUCUCAAGGUUUAAGCAAUGGAUCAAAGAAACAAUGAAAAUGUACAAACUGCAGGGGCCAGACUGAGGUCCCCCAGGAUUGCUCUGUCCAUCUUCCCCGGGGUAGAGCUGUUGGGCAAAGUGGGUGGAGAAGGGCUGCCUGGAACUUAAUAAAGUUUUAUCUUUUGAGCA